AUGUCGCAAAAGACUUCCUUUGCCCUCAUCACGGGCUGUAGCAGUGGAAUCGGAAAAGAGCUCGCAAUCGCAUUUGCGAACCGUGGAAUCACGGUUCUCGCGACAGCACGACGCACCGAAUCCCUCCACGAACUAACAAGCAAGUACGACAGAAUCGAAGCUUUUGCCCUGGAGCUCAACAAUCUCGCAAGCAUUGACAAUCUCAAGGACGCUGUAUCUGAGCGCACUGGCGGCCGCUUGGAUUUCCUGAUCAACAAUGCAGGAACACACUACGCAUCGACAGCAGUAGAUCUAGAGAUAGAAGAAGUUACCAAGCUGUUCACAGUCAACCUCUUCGCCGUCAUGCGCCUCUGCCAGGUAUUCGUGCCGCUUCUUCGUCGGUCAAGUCGAGGACGAAUCGUGCAGAUCGGAAGCGUGACGCGAGACAUACCCGUCGUAUGGCAAGCGGCGUACAAUGCAUCCAAGGCUGCACUCAGCCAAUACACCAAGACGCUCCGACUAGAAGUGAAGCCGUACAAUAUAGAUGUUAUCGAAAUCGUGACCGGGUUCGUGCGUAGCAACAUUUUGCACCACGGACUGUACGCCCCAGAGACAUCGUCUUACCUUGCGAUAAAGAAUACUGUUGAGAAAAUCAAGUAUCAAGGCAAUCGAAACGGCAUGUCGCCCGAAGCAUAUGCCAAGUCGGUGGUCGCGAAGUUGAUCCGAACACAAGUCAGCCCGGAGAUAUGGGAAGGGGCUCUGGCGCAAUCUCUCCGCUGGCUUGCUGUGCUUUUACCACUACGGCUAUUGAGUUGGAUUUUAUACCGAAGAUUCGAGCUCGCCCGUGUAAAAGCACGAUUAGAUGAUGAAGCACAUCAGGAAGAUCAGACACGUAACCAGGGACGGCCAACCUGCUCUCGCUGCUUCGAUCUCGGGGAGACUUGCAAUUACACUUCGGUAAAGCGCAAACCUGGGCCCCCGAUUGGGUCCCAUUAUACAUCCAAUUCGUCCAAGUCCCGCAGGUCUUCAGUCCGUGAUGUCCCAGCAGAUGAUCUUUCAGGGAACGAAACCGCUCAUCCAGCCUCCGAGGGCUCUGACUUGAUUGAUCCAUCUAUAUUGACGUCGCCCUCUACGACUACCAGUAACAAGACAUCAGGGAGCAUUAAUCAACUUGCGAGCUACUCACGUUUCCCCCCGCAACAGGUAGAGUUUCUCCUCGCGGCCUACUUCGAUCUGAUACAAGAUGCGAACCCUAUCUUUUCCAAAGAACUCUUUCUUCAAAGCUACCAAAAUUCCCUAUGUAGCGAGGAUCUCGUUUCAACGAUAGUCAUCAUUACCGCGAAGCUCACUGGAUUCACCGCAAAUGAGGAUGACUUGCUACCCGGUCUGGAUACCGAUCUGGAUCUCUUGCUCAGUUCAAGUAAGUUUGAGGAUGAUCUGAUCGGCGAUGGCCCUUCACUAGAUCAGUUUCGCAAAGCCUAUCUUCUAGCAUUCUACGAAUUCCAUCAAUUUCCUGGUCAUCAGUCAUGGUUACGCGUGGGGAGAGUGACGCGCAUGGCCUAUCGUAUUGGAAUCGAUCGCCUGGAUCAAAUCCGCAUGCUCUAUCCUGACUGGAGUAUUCUAAGUGAGGAAGAUAUUCAAGAGUGGCGGUCACUCUGGUGGUGCAUCUAUCGCCUUGACUCUUAUACCAACAUCUCAUCUGGGACACCGUAUCUGAUUGACGAUACCGUCAUAAGCACUUCGCUUUUUAUAAAUCACCAGACAUCAUCAGAGUGUGUCAAUUCGCUUCGGGAGCUCUACUUACCACCCAAUCCAGAAGACAUAUCAAAAGUGCUUCUCGCCGCCCGUUUAGCUUCAGAGACACUACUGAAGAAUGUGCACAAUAUAGCGACAACCGUUCUGCGCCAGGCUGGUCUUGUCCUCCGCUUGCAUUUGGUACGGUCCCAGGAAGGAUUAAUUGCGCAUGUCACCAAACUUGAGCGGCAAUUGGCAACGGUUCGCCUAGCUCUGCCAGCGGGCUGGCUCAAUCCAAGACGCAACGCAUUUCUGAACGAGUCCCAUGCUGACCAUCACGCAAGGACGGUUACUGUACUUCAGCUUCGAAUGGCACAGCUACUUCUCUCACUCGCACAGCCUGGUCUGCGACAGGGUGACGAGUGGUUAGUAAGCUGGCAACGAGUCUAUGAAGCGUGCCAAGAUAUUGCGUCGAUUGCAGAUCAAUGGGAUAGCUCGUUCUGCUUGAGUGUCGACCCAGCCAUUUCCUUCACCAUCUUCACGGCGUUGAUCUUUCUGGAUCUCCACAGAAAGACGCCGAAUCUGACAGAGCACAGCAUUGGGCCUGAUAUUGAUCACCAUAUCAGCAUAUUGCAUCUCCAACUCCAGCAUUUUGGGAAGAUAUGGACGCUACCACGGCUUCUCAUGUACAACAGUUGGCACCCACCAGACCCCGGCGCCAUCAACAAUCUAGAUCUAAAUCUUGGGUCCGACGGGGUGUUUGAUUUCAUAUUCGACACUUCCUUGACCCCCGACGAGCGAUAUGGCCAGUACAAUUACUGCAACAUGCCGCAUGUGCGGAGACGGGAAUACGUCGUUGCGCCGGCGGAGUAUGAGCUUGUCUACGUUGAGAUACUCUACCACUACGGCCAACCCUCAGUCAGCCCGCAAACGGGCGCCAAUACAUACUGGCAAGUAGAAGAGACCAGUUCAUUUGAUUUAUUUCCCGUUUCAGGGUUUCCCGGUACAUGCGUCUUUCCACAGAUCACUCGUAGCGGAUUACAGGAUUCAUGGCAGCAUGGUCGCGACAUUUAUGAGGUUUAUCAUGAUCUUCUACGGUUCUUGCCAGAUGAUUUGGAUCAGAAGAGGAUGGAGUUUAGAGUUACGAACAAUGUGAUUACGAGUCAGGUUGCGGGCAUGGUUGUGGGGGGGAUGUAUGGGGAGCAGGCGGCUGUGCCGUUGCAUGUACAGAAAGCGAGCUUUGACUCUCUAGAGCCCCAGUAUUCUUGCCCUGGGGGCCAAUCGCUCUUCAACAACAUCAAAGAGCCUGAUUCUGCAUCCUCUGAACACUGGAAAACACAUCUCGAAAAGACAAAAGAAUUAAUGGAUGCUCUUGACGCAAUCUCCGGCAUCCCCUCGAAUGCAGAUGACUGGCACACCAGCUACGACCACUACUUUGACAAUCUCUCUUCCCGGCUUUGUCAUUCUAAGCCUCUGCCUUGCAAACAGCCGCCGCAAUCAGACAACGAAUGCAUAACACGCCCUCAAGCAAACACCGUUUUCCGUCUGGGACAAUGGGAAUACUCACGUCUGUACCGCGACGCGCCUUCCUCACUCGUCGCCAGCGUAGCUCUGUACGGCGUCUUUGUCGCUGAAUUCGCGCAACAUCUACGAGAACAAAUCAAAUUCUUCAAUGAAGACAUUGAUCAGACGGAUCGAGUGCUGUAUAGACACAAUGUCGCGCAUGAUGGGAGCAUUUCGCGGAUUCUGUCGCUUUUGCAGAUCAGGCAGAUGGUCUGGCCUGGGAUGGGGGCUGAGAUCGUGUUCGAGUUGUAUAGAAAGGUGGAAGAAGGGGGAUUCUAUGUCCGUGUCUUGUGGGGAGGACAGGUGCUGCAGAGUUCGAAUCCAGAGUUAGGGGAUCUAGACUUUGUGGGUUUGCAGGAUUUGUUAGCCAUGCCUCCAACGCGUCGAAACCUCUUCCAAAACCACCUCAGUCGCCGCCCAGCAUCCAAUCCUCCUCAAUCCUCAACCAGUGACGCCAACAACACACCCACCGACAACAAUGACAACCACCAUCACCACAACAACAACAACACCACCCAAAAUUCCACCCACCAGUCCAACCUCAUGACUCCCGACCCCAGACCCAUGCCCACAUCAUCAUCAACAACAACAACCCUACAAACCGACAACGGCGACAUAAUUGCCCGCGACAAAAACGGUAAGUUCCAACUCGACAUCCCAGUCCUGCCUCCCAUACCACUCGACGAAGGCGACGAGGAAGGCGACGUUGAGGAUGAGGACGAAGGCGCCAUGGAAGGAAUCGAGGAAGAUGGGCGACCAAGUGGUGGGUCAGAGUCUAUGGGGAAGAAUAAGGAUAGUGAGUCCAUCCCUUCUUUCUUCAACCAGUAA